CAUGUAAGCUAACGCGACAGGAAGUCGCCUCAGUGAAACCUGCCCUCGGUGUCAUUCACCUUCAUCUUAAACAGAUAUCUGUAAAAUGUCGGCUCCGCUGCUCCUCAGGGCUUUCAUCAACGAGCGGCUGACGGCUGCUGCCGAGGAAAUAUUUCAGGUGUUUGAGCGAACAAUAGAAAGAUAUGAAGAAGAGGCGUCCAGCUCCAAACAGGAGAUUGAGCGGCUCAGAGGUCUGCUGCUCGACUUUGUGUCAAACAACAAGACAGACUUUUCCCAGUCCUCCAUCUCUAAAGAGGAAACUCCCCCUGAGCAGCAACACUGUGAGCAGCAGCUGAGCGACUGUCAGAGCGACCCAGAGCCUCGACACAUUAAAGAGGAGGAUGAUGAAGUCUGGACCAGUCAGCAACAAGAAGAAGAACACGGGGUUCAUGAGUUCAAGGACGCCGAUGUCUCGUACCUACCUCAUUCUUCUGUCUGGGAGGAGAACGAGCAGAUGGACACAAAGCCGCCUUUGCAACCUCAGACUCAAAACAGUGAAAGUGAGGAGCAGUUUCAGGAGGAAACUAAAACUGUACAGUUCAUGCUACCUCUCGCCUCAACUCCGUCUUCACAAACUCUGAUUCACAGUGAAAGGGUCCGAGACGGUACGGAAAACGAGAGACCUGCUGCAAGUUUAUUGUCAAACCAAACACAGACAGAACAAAGUCAGAGUUCCUUUAUCACUUCCCGAGAAUCCACUGAGUUGUCUCAUUUAAAUUCAGUUGGACCUGACUAUCGUUGCUGUUUGUGUGAUAAAUUUUUUACAUCCAGUCAGUUCUUGACAAAUCAUGCUUUUCGCAUGCAUACAAAGGACGCAGACGUCCUCUGUGCGGUGUGCGGAAAGAAUCUGGAGUCCACCGAAAGCCUUAACAUUCACCUUAAAUCACACAAGGGCUCAAAGUGUUGUCACGUGUGUGGCAAACUCUGCAACAGCACCACCGCUCUGACUGAACACAUGGCCGGCCACGCUGGGGUGAAACUGCAUCGCUGUCACAUUUGUGGGAAGGAGUGUAGCCGCAAAGGAGAUUUAAAGAUACACAUGAGGAUCCACACGGGGGAGAAGCCUUUCUGCUGCUCCUUCUGUCAUAAAAGUUUCACCCACAGCGGACAUCUGAGGAAGCACAUGAGAAGCCACACAGGAGAGAGGCCGCACCGCUGUGACAUUUGCGGCAGAGGGUUUCUACAGAGUGCACACCUGAAAUACCACUUAGGAACACACACUCAGAAAUAUUAACAUUUUCAUCAUCCUGGGCCCGUGUUUAUCAAAAAGUAAGAUGUAAGAGCAGCUCUCAGGUGAUUAAAGCUCAGGUAGGCAGGGAACACUAGAUGUCUGCACCUCCUCUUGGCUCUGUUUCAGGCCUUAGAAAAUCUAGUGACAGGACACUUUUGGCACUAGAUUAACUGGCACUAAAGUAAAUGCCUGGUUUGUUUUAACUACAGGAUGCACUGAUUUGGUUGAUUUAUUUAAAUGUGAGAUGUAAAAUCACCCACAAGGUUGCUCUGGUCCGUCACGUUUCAUCUCUUACUAUGAGGUUUUUAUUCUUAUAAUUUUUAAACAGAUUGUUUGCAUUUUUUUUACACAUUCCUAUGUAGGUUUUACCUGCUUUAGGUAUGACGUUUAGUCAUACUAACAGUGUUUAGGUAUAACGUUUAGCACCGUGGCGCCCGCGUGGGCAAGCCUGGCUUCUGUGGUCAGUGUAGCAGCUUCAGUUGAUUGGAAUGGUUGCAGCUGACGUGUUGCACCCUGAACGUGUCACGUGUUUUGGUUGGAAAAGAGAGUCUGAUGCGUAAUAUCAGUGUUUCAAAGAUGGAGAGAAAAUGUUGCUAAUGCUUUAGUCCUUUGCUAACCAGAGUAGGGUUGCAACAGUAUGAGAUUUUCACCGUACGAUAAGCGUCUCAGAAAGUAUUGCAGUUUCACGAUAUCACGAACGAUAUUAGGGUAUUACAGAAUUUAUGUUAUCAUCAAUCAGAGUGACACCUAAAAGAAAUGAAAAUGAAAGGGUUUCUUUUGGUCGAACACAAGUUUUAUUACUAUAAUUUGUCUCCCCUUUGAAAAUAACUAAAAUAAAGCUGAGAUUCUCCAUCCAGUUGCUUUAUUUUCAAUAUCGUAGAUCAGCACGGUGUGAUAACUGUAAUUUUGAUAUCACGGUAUACCUUAAAACUGGUCUACCGUUGCAGCCGUACACCAGACUCAAAGGCUCACAGCCGCACAUAUUCAAGCUUAUGUAGCUAAUGUUAGCUUGCGCCUCGAAUCACAGUUUGUAAUUUCAAAGAGCUGCACAGGCUCACAGGACGGUGAUUUUCACAGAAUAGCUGCUGUAUAAAACAAUUGGAUCGAUUUGAAUCUAAUCAAAAUGAGUGAUUAGUAUUCAUAAAGGUUACUGCAUGGAGCGUGUGCAUGUGCCCGUGCUCGUCUGGUGGAAGGGGGUUACAGUCUAUGGUUAGGACAGAGAGGAGAGAGCUGCAGGAAGAGGGUGUAUUUUCAAAUUCUGUUUGUUCUUGUUGUUGCUUUUCUAGAAACUGCCCACCCCAGCUUUUAUCACAGCGUUUACGGAGAGAUAUGUUUUAAAUUUAAAAGAAGAAAUCUUUAAAAAUGGCUGAAAUGGCAACAACCAAAACCAAACCGGAGCAGGACACAAAUCCUGCAGCAGGUUUUUGCGACUAAAGUCUGCAAAUAGGAGUAAAAGCCAAGUAUUUUUUGCUUUAAUCUGUCACCUAAGUACAAACCUUCACCUCAGCAGUUUGAUAAAUACGAGUCCAGAGGUUUACGGUGUGUUUGCCUUCACUGUUGACAUGACCUGUGUUCUGAUGGGAACUCAUUACUCAUCAACAGAAAGAGUCGCUAUUUCUGAGUAAUAACACUGAUGUUCACAUCAAGAAAAUAAACUGUCUUUAUCAUUAUUAUAAUUCAUUUUAAUGUAACUUAAUUUGAAUGUUAAAUCUGUGUGUUAAAUCUGUUUCGUUGUUUUAGCUCAGGCUCUCUGUGCACAAUAAAACCAGGUUAGUUAAAGAAGAACCAA